CGAAGCAUGAGGGGACUGACAUAUAUUCUGGUGCUAGUUUCGGCAAUCUGCUAUGUUAGAGGGAAGAAAACAAAGAAUGGAGAAUACACUGAGAAAAACGACAAAAUGAAUAAAACGUCCAACAAUGAUCUAUGUCGACUCACGACAGAGGAGUAUGAAUGCAACAAACGACGAGGUGCAUGUAAGAUAAACCCAUGUCUUAACGGAGGGACAUGCACACAGCUAAAGAGAGGAAUGAAGAGUGUUGGCAAAUGCAACUGCCCACAGGGAUACAAUGGAGCGAGAUGUGAAAAAAUAGUUUGUGGGGAUCACUGUGAUCAGUGCAACGAACCAGGAAAGUGUAGCAAGUGCAAUUAUGGAUACAGGCUACAUAUGGGAGAAUGUCAUGCAAGGUGUUCAAUUGAACAUUGUUCCAAGUGUGAUGGACCCGAGUCAAACAUGUGUUAUGAAUGUUAUACAACUUUCACCCUCUCAGCUGAUAAAACACGAUGUAUCAGAGAUUGUCCCGAAGGAACUGGGGUCGAGGGAACAGGUCUUUAUCAACAUGGUGACUUUUGUUACCAGGUUUUUGAACAGAAAGCAACAUAUGCAGAGGCCAAUAGCAUAUGCAUGGCACUGGGGGAAAAGUACGACCUCGCCUCAGUACAUGGCUGUGAAGAGCACCAAUUCCUUGAAUCUAUCUUAGCAUCAGCAGCAUACAAAGACAUUCAAAAUUGGUGGAUAGGUCUGUCUAAGGAGGGGAAUCAAGCUAAGUUCACAACGUGGGGAGAUGGAAGUCCUGUAGAUUACACAUAUUGGACAUUGGAUGGUCAAGGUGACGGAAAUUGUGUGGGGUUUGACCGCUAUGAGGGAUACAGGUUCGAAACAGCAGACUGUAUGGAUGCUUUCUCCUUUGUCUGUAAAAAAGGAGUACCAACGAUGGCUGACCUAGCGGCGUACGCUAAAAUGGAAUAAUAGAUCAAUUGAGAUGUUGAAGUCAAUUGAAUAAUAUAAAUAAAUUA